CGACACUAAACCAUGGACUUUUCUAUCCCGCCUUCGCCGAGUAUGGCACCUCGUCACGCUGCCGCGUGGACGGACGCCGACCUCGAGUGGCUCGAGGAAGGUUUCGCCGCCUUCUUUCCGGACGAAGCACCGUCGUCGCGGCCCGCCACCGACGCGCGCUUGCCCAUGGUGCGGCGCCCGAUCUUGCUUGACGGCCGAUGCUACUCGUUUAGCAGCCCGUCGUCGCCAGUGACCAAGCCGCCGCCAGUGCGCACGCGUGCGUUCUCACUGCGGCGCCAGGAAGCCUCGGCGAAGCGGCGUCGCAUCAAGGGCCGGUACGCGGGCUUUGAGAAGCCCUUCUUACCCAUCACGGCGCUCCAAGGCCCCUUGCUGGAUCAUGAUGCAGCCCGUCCUUGUCCAUAAUCACAACCUACUUAUUUACCCUACCCCUAUUACCGUGACACUGCAACCUGGGUGGUGUUGGUUGAUAACCAGUGGUCGAAGAGUGCUGCAGAUGGAAAAGGAACACGGGUCGUCGUCAAGCGAGGUCUGUGCUCGUACGCAGCAGCAAGAGAAAUAACUUAUACGUGUAAUGUAUUGUCCUUGGCUACAACAGCCUGAACGCAA